CAAUUCGCGGCCAGCUAGUAUUUCGUAAGCACCGGCGCUCGCCCAUUGUCCCGUAGCCCGGCCGACAGCCCAGACGGCGAACGAUUUUGACAGCAAUUCCGCCUCGUUUCCCGCUGGAGCCGUUGUCCGCUGGAGCCUCGAGCCGACGCCACCUUUUAUAACCAUAUAUCGAUUAACAAUCAGCUAUAUUGAACGAAGAAGGAUAUAUAAAAAUAUAUAUUUCCCUUUUUUUGGUCCGCCUACAGCUCUCCAUCAAUGUGGCUCGGCCCUUGAUGAGACUCGAGCCCAGCCAAAACACCCUUCCUUGACGCAUUAUUCGAGCCAUGCCGGCAACUCAUGUAGAGGCGGCCCUCACAAAUGGCCACGAUGCGCAUGUCCACUCGUCACCCGCUGCGAAGAAGGCCAAGGGAAAGAGGGGGAUGGACUCGUCCGAAGCUUCGCGCCUCCUCCAGGCCCGUAUCUCGCAGCUGGAGCAGGACGCCGCUGGAGAGAAGGACCAAGAGAUGGAGAUAGAAAGGGAAGUCAAGCGCGCCAAUCGAGAUCUUCUGCAGCAGGUUUCUAAGAUGGACGACAUGCAGAAAAUUGAACAUCUUAUGAGGCGCUCAAGUGAACUGUUAGCCGACAUGCGACGCCUAGAAAGAGAGAAUCAGAAGAAUAAGAAACGCGGAGACGCUCUCCAGAAAGAACGAGAUGCUAGCCGUACAGAACUCAGCAAGACCGUGGGAUUGAAGGAGAAACUUGAAAAGCUGUGUCGGGAACUGCAAAGAGACAACAACAAAAUGAAGAAUGAGAAUAAAGAGCUCCAGAGUACGCAGAAGCGAAAUAACGCCGCCUGGGACGAGAAAUUCGCAAGCUUGUUAUCAAAAUUGGAGGGGUACCAAGAGGAAAAGGACACCCCAAAGAAACAAGUAGUGGACAUGGAAAUGGACGAAUUAUUCCGAGUUCGAUUCAAAUCCUUCAUUGAGCAGUACGAGCUGCGCGAGCUGCAUUUUCACUCUCUCAUGCGGACCAAAGAACUCGAAGUUCAAUACCACCUAUCUCGCCAUGACAGGGAGAAGAAGAACGCCGAAGCCGAAGCGAACAAAGCGCGCCAUUUGCAGAACCAGGUCGGAGCCUUCACUAAGACGGAGACGGAGCUUCGGAACCAGCUGAAUGUAUACGUGGACAAAUUCAAACAGGUGGAGGAUACUCUUAAUAAUAGCAACGACCUGUUUCUCUCGUUCCGGAAAGAAAUGGAGGAUAUGUCGAAAAAGGGCAAACGCUUGGAGAAGGAAAAUGAGACGCUGAAGCGUCAGAAAGAGGCGACGACGGCGAAUAUCAUCCAAUUGGCGGAAGAGCGGCAAGACUGGAAGCGGAAGAUUGAUGCAUCCGACAAAAAGACCGAGAAGCUCAUGAGCAUCAUCCAGCAGAUGCAGCAACAAGGGCGGAAAGUCCCACGGGAGACUGCCACCACGGUGGAGGCCAGCACAGUAGAAGUGUGCCCCCCGGAUAAUCAGGGGCACGGAGCCGCAGAGGGCGAGGGCGAGGAGAGCGAAUAUUCCGAGGAGGAGGGCGAGGAGGAAGAGCUUAGUGAGUUCGAUGAUGAUACUGAAGAGGAGCCUCAGCCGAGCGAACAGGGGCCCCCAGUGCCUUAUGGCCCGGAACGCCCGCCGCAGCCAACUACGAAUGGACAUUAGUAUGCGAUUAUUCAGUGUUUGGUCCCAAACGUACCAGAAGUCGCUCCAGAAGUCAAUCCAGCGACAGUCCAAAAGGAAAUCAACAAGUUUUUGAAGGUGCCAAAAGAACAGAGGUGCUCUCACUUGCUACAGCGAAUGAAAGAUGACCCAAUUAUGUUCUCUCACUUGCUACAGCGAAUGGAAGAUGAGGAAUUUCUACCUAGGUUGCUGAAUUUGUUACUAAACAUACUAUUGCCGCCAUCUAUGCUACGGCCACACUUUGAUGAUGUGCCUCGCGCAUUGAUGAUCGACGUCUUUUGGAAGCUGAUACUGGCUGCGAGAUACAACGUAGACCUACAUGCAAUUUACAAAGGCUGCCAAGGACGAGAAAAAAAAGAAGAAGGGAAGAAAUAGGGGCCGGAAGAAAAACAAAGUAUACUUGGUUGGUAUCAAUUGUCUGACUGGCAAAGCGGGACUCAUGUGUUGGGUUUAGCCCUGUAGUUAUUAUCGUCUAUGCUGUCAAUUAUAUUGCCUCUUUCUCAGCGGAAAUCAUUACUGCGGUUUUCUUUCUCC